CACAUAUGUCCUUGUAAUAUGUUGUUUAAGUUAAACUUGUCCUCUUUAAAUAUAGUCAGCCUCGUCUUAAUUUUCAUUCUGACACCUGGUAACGAGUCAUUAACUUCUUAUUGUCUACGCACAGCUGGAUGUUAAUCGCCCUUCAUUUUUACCUUCGCUUUCAGAUGAAAAUGGGACUAUUUACGAAGAGAGAGAUCAACGCCUUAAAGGAACAUGAAUAUAUUUCGGAGGGAUCUUCCAUUUGUGAACCGGUUAUGCAAAAGUUAUGGAACUUGUUAUUUAGGAUGGUUCCCGCGACUUUGGCGCCUAACUGCCUGACACUAGCUGGUCUCCUUACCAACAUUUCAACAACAAUGAUAAUGAUUUAUUACAAUCCAGACGGAAACAAAGAGGUUCCUGGCUGGGUUAACGUUACUUCUGCCUUUGGUGUGAUCAUGUACCAGGUUCUUGAUGCUCUAGAUGGCAAACAAAGUAGAAGGACACGUGACGGUCCCGUGGAAGAGCUUUUUGAUCAUGGAUUUGAUUCAAUAUCAACAGUGUGUGUGAUACUAGGAUGUUGUUACUGCUUGAAGCUUGGGCAGUCUCCAAUGGUAAUACUAUUUCAGAUGUGUCUUUCUGAGCUGUGCUGUUAUACAGCAAUUUGGCAGAAAUUCGUUACGGGAGUAAUGCGAUUCGGCAGGAUAGAUGUUACAGAGGGGCAGCUGGUAGUUGCAUUUAUUCACAUUUUGUAUGCGAUAUCACCUUCUAUUUUUGACAAAGAUAUACCGGGAUUAAAUUUACCACUGCGAUACGCAUGCGUUAUAGGAAGUAUGGUAUCGACGAUUCUUUUUAUCAUUCAACAAUUGUCAAUCAUUUUGAAAGGAAGGUCUUCAAAAAGAACUUCUACCGCACAGACUCCUGUUACACUAUUCCCUGCAAUACCUAUAGGACUGGCGAUUGGUCUUCAGGUGAUAGUUGCUAUGACAACGUCUGUAUUCCAAGAUCUACAUUGUCUGUACCUUAUCACUUUCGGAUUGAUAGAAUCUAAAAUAACAGUUAGAUUGAUUGUAGCUCAUGUGACAAAGGGAAGGAUGCCGCUGUUUGAUAGGAUAUUGCUUGGACCUAUCUUACUGCUUCUAAUAAGUCAAUUGAAUGGCUCCAUAUUGCUAGACCGUAUCCUUCUUUUAUGUGUUUGUGUGUACAGUUUACAAAACUGGAUUUUCUACUUCUGGACAGUCGCCAUAGAGAUAUGUGAACAUCUCAACAUCUACUGCUUUAAUGUGACAAGUCGACCACAUCCUUACAGACGAAUGCCACCUGGCUAAACUUACAGACGAAAAUCACCUAGCUGUUCUUAAAUAACCAUCUCAGAUUUUAAGGAAAGAAACGACCUAAAGAUAAAUGUUGAACAAAUGAGAUAAAACAAGAUUUAGCUUACCAAAAGGUUCCUUCUAGCGCACAUUAAAUAUUCUUUUUAAGGGAUCUUUAAUAAAAUAAUUAUGAACUAUGUUUUUUGCUAGUUUACGUGCAUUCUUAUCUAUUUAUUUUAAGAAUACUUAAAAGUUAUUUCACACAAACAUUUAUUUAACUUAAAAUAAUAAACAAACACCUUUAGAUGAGCGAUCCUACCUAAAUAUUAUUAGCGGACAAUAAAUACCAUCACUCUGUCAAAAUUUGGGGAACCAAUGUCGACACCUAUCCUAGUGGCACAGAUCAGAAUUUGGUCGUAUGUUUGCCUAAUUUCAAUUAGCAAUACAAUGGAAGUUCUGCCAUAUGCCAGUAAUUGCAUUGCAUGAAUGGAUACUUAAAGCUCCGGAACGACUAAACCAGGAGAAAAAGGGCUUUUAUAUAAGUCGGCACCAACCAACACCAACAAACUGAUGGAUUUGAAAAAAAAGUGCGUACAAAAAGUUCACAACUUGACAAUUACAAAACAAUUAAUCAAAAGGUUCGAAAUAUUUAUAGCUCAGUAAAGUGAAGAAAUGCAUUGUACAGUUCUAGAUAAAAACAAGGGAAGUAAUUGAAAUGUAAUCCGGUGACGGUACGUAUCGUGCAAUAGCAUUCACAGACAAGUAAAAAAUCUCGAAUAACUUUAUUAGUACAGUGUGUUUUGAUGGUUAUACUUAAAAUUUUAAAAUAUUAAAGUUGGUAUGAAAUAAAAUCGUGAAAAGAACCUCUGGAAGCAGCAAAGAAUGAAACCGAGAAGAAUAAUAGUAGACGAUAUUUUUAGGCGGGAGUCUAUUUUUAGAUGAUCAAUAUUCAUUUAGUUAAUCUCGAUUCUACAAUAUGACAUGUAAGAUUUAGGAGUUAGAUAGUUUAAACUAGUCUAAAUUAUUGUUUUUGUAGGUCUGUUUAUUACGUAGUUAUAUUUCACUAAAGAUUGACUUAAAGAUGCGUAAAAACACAUUGGCAAAGAGGCUAUUUGUAAUGAAUAUGCAUGAGUACAAAAUGGCGGCGCCUACUGGAAUUCGGAUGCCUUUGAUGAUACCCUUGUAUCCAUUACCUGCUCAGUCAAGUGUGACAUGUUCACCAUAAGUGUUCCUUCUCAUGAGAAGGAACAAUAAUGAAACUCAUCUAUUUAAUUUAAAGAUAUAGUAUUUUGGAGUUAAAACUGUUCCAUAUAAAAUUCUAUUCUCUCUGUUGCAUUUUUCUAACAUUAUAUGUUUGUUUAGUGUAAUUUAUUACUGCGUUUCAUUAGGUUCAUUUAAUACUACGUUCCAUUAGUGCUAUUUAGUACUACGUGUCUUUGGCGUUUUUAGUACUUCGUUUCUUUAAAUAAAUGUAUGUUUUUCUUUGGUUUCAUUUGUGUUUCACUGGACAGGUGUAAUUCAGUUGUACGUUUCUAUUUUUCAAUUGGAUAAAUUCAUUUCAUUUAACAAUGUCUGUCGUAUAUUAGUCAUAUUUAUUUUACACGUUGUAUAUCAUAAUUUAAUUAUCAUUGCAACCUUAUAUUUCAGUUGAAAACAACUUUGUACACGAACUGAUAUAAGAGUUAGUAUAAGAUUAAAUAAUUUGACAUCUUCUAUUUAGUAUACUGAUAGACAUUGCUAACCUGAUUUUAAUGAAAUUCCGUUUUACCUGGCCCGUUAGAUUUGCUAUAACCUAUAUAUAUAUAUAUUCCGGCAUCUAGCUUUCCUGUUAUUUUGGAAAAUUUAGUUGUCCUAAGCUGUACAUAGGCAUGUAUGUCACACUUUUUAACCGGCAUACGCACACUGUAUUGGGCAAAAACCAAGAAUUGAAUUUGCUUUCUCCUAUGGCCGUAGUGAACACAGAUUUUGUAUGUAUGUACUUCAUGCCCUCACAAUAAAUGUCGUCUUCAUGAAAUGUGAUAGAAGUAAUGUUUUAAAAAUAUUCAUAUGCAGUGACUCUUGAAAAGUUUUCAACUUGAUGAGUAAGGCAUCAAUUACCGGAACUAUGACCGGUUAAAAGACAUUAUUUCAGACAAGAAAUUUCGGAAGAAAUAUCCCGAGCAGAGCUACGUGUACCUACUGGAGAGAGGGGUAACUGUUUCGAAAUCAGUGUCCACCAUUCCGCCACGGAGAACAUUAAAACUGGUGAAAAUGUUUGUUUCAUCUACAAUUUAGAUAAAGUUUGGGUGUCAAGUACUAGACUAGACAUCUAGCUGAAAUAACAACAGACUACCUUGUUAACAGGACAGAGGCCACAUUGUUUACCUGAUCUACAUGAAUCUUUGUCAGGAUAUUCAUCUUAAGAAAUACAGCUCAUUUGUUUAAAAGCGUCACAUAGGAUGACAUCGUUUUCAAUUAAACAGUAGAAAAGAACUCGUUGACACUUUAAAAGGACAUAAUUAUGUUCUGACUCCUCGAUUUACUUGACACUUAGUCAGAACUGUUCUGUUUAUAGCAUCUAGAUCAAGUAUGAAACUGAGUAAUAUUG